AUGGAAACGAGCACUGCUAUAGUUCAUGAGGCAUCUUCAGCAUUUGAUCCAGAUCGAGAAAUGAAAGAUCGUAAAUUGGCCCAGAUAUUCAAAAAAUUGCACAUGGAACAAGAUUUGAACACAUUGUUGGAUUUUGAUGUUCCUCGUCCAUCGAAAGUUCCUUUAAAUCGUGCAGAGGAAUUAAGUAAAGAUAAAGCCGAACGUUGUAGACCACGUAAAAUACUCGAUUACGCAGUACUUGCGAAAGGACAAAGUUAUCGUAAUAAUCUUGUGGGUUCUUUUGCAAGCAGCUACUCAGAAACGGGUGGCUCCAAUAAAACUGGAGCUGGUAAUAAGCGAAUACGUUUUCAAAAAGAUCGAUUUGGCAAUAAUAUUCCACCACUUAAUACCAAACGGCGUUCUCGAUGUGGCCGACAUGCUUCUACUCCUCAAAAAAGUAGCAAAUCGCAACGAUUUUCAUUUCCACCGGCAACAAAUGGUGCUAGGAAGAAGGAAACAAUGAGAUCACGAAGUUUUACUUAUGGUAUCAAAAAAGGUAUCUUGAAAAGGCGCACAAAAGAUGUGAGCAAUAUUAAGCAAGCAUUUGUUAUUUCGAAAAAACUACUAGAUGCGCAAAAUCAGCAUUUUGAUGAAUUCAUUCUUCCUGAGAAAUGGAUCAAAGAAUCACAGAAAAGAAAGAAUGUAAAGAAAAUAAAAACAGCAAGAGAAGAGAGCACCAGUAGUGCAUCUGUUGAAGAUUUGGCAAUGGAGCGUCUUGUUAGAGCUUUUAAAACCGCAAAACUUUUAUAUCCCGAGAAAUUUGCUGAGUAUUUCCCAGAUUUUGUGCAUUGUUUCGAAUCAGAUGACAGUCGAGAAAAGCGAGAUAUACCAAAGCAAACACACUUUAAAACAAUUAAAAGUGAAGAGGAUGCUAUGACAUUCGACAAAAAUAUUGCGUCAGAUUCUGGUGAUGAUAUGCCAAAACGAAUUCGUAAAGUGCCAAAAAUUUUACGAGAGUACUCAACAGGUGCUGAAAGGAAGAAGUUGGCUAAUUUGAAAGAACAGAUUCCUUCGGUGACACAGAAAAUUUCACGUAUUGGUGGUCCUUUAGCUGGCACAUCAGGACUUCGUAAACGUUCUCGAGCACCAGAUUCACCAUCGAAUCAGUCGAUGCUUUCUAAAUCUCAAGAAAAUGGAAAAAUUGAAGAUGUGAAAGAGACGGAUGAUUCGGAUGAAAUGGGUAGUGUUGCAAUAUCGAAAAGACGUAGAUCUUGUAAGAGUGGUUUUCGUCUCAGUGCUUCAAUUAUGAAAGCUACAAAUGCAGCAGCUAUUCAGAAUAAUAUUGAAGAUAGUGCAACAGAAUCUUCAUCUGAUGAAUCAGGCAAUAUGCGUUCAUCAAAGAGACAACGAGCUCAAAGUGGUUUUUACAAGACAAUGGUGACAUUGUACGACAAAAAACGUUCAUGA